UCUCUGAACCAAACCCAGUUCAUCCUUUCUCUCUCUCUCUUCAAAACUCAUUUUCUCCGGCGGCAACAUGGAUCCAAAACAUCAAACUCCGGCAACAUCAAAUUCAAGUUUCCCCAUCCUCGCCGUCGCCAUCAUCGGAAUCUUAACCACAGCCAUUUUACUAAUCGCUUAUUACAUCUUCGUCAUCAAAUGUUGUCUAAAUUGGCAUCGAUUCGAUCUCUUAACCCGUUUUUCCUUCUCCACUCGCCGCCGUCACAGACCACCCAUCUCACUCUACUCACCUGGAAUUCAAAGACGAGGUCUUGACGAAUCCAUUAUCCAAUCCAUCCCCACUUUCGAUUACCCAAAAGAUGGAAUCAUCUUCAAAGAAUGCGCCGUCUGUCUUAAUGAAUUCCACCCAGGAGAAAAACUCAGAGCUUUACCCAAUUGUGGACAUUUAUUCCAUGUUGAUUGUAUUGACGUUUGGCUUCAAGGAAAUAUCAAUUGCCCACUUUGUAGAACUAGCAUUUCAAUCAAUACCCAUCAUCAUCAUAUCCCGUUCAAUCAAACUGUUUCUGUUUCAGAUUCCGAUCAGAUCUCCGGCGCCGGCGGCACCGACAAUGAUGAAAACUACGUUGUGAUUGAAUUGGAACGGGAAACUAUUUCACCGGUGAUUAGUCCACAGCCGAAACUGAAAUCAAAGAAGCUUAAUCAUGUGUUAAGUAUGGGAGAUGAAUGGAUUGAUAUGAGAGAGAAAGAUGACCGGUUUUUAGUACAGCCGAUGAGACGGUCUUUUUCUAUGGACUCUGCUUCAGACCGGCUACUCUGUUUAGCGGUUCAGGGUAUUCUACAGCGCGCCGGCGCCGGUGACGGCGACGGAGAGGUUAACGGCGGCGAAGGGUUUCAGGGAAGUAGAGUUAGAAAAUCAAUAUUUUCUUUUGGACAUGGGAGAGGAUCAAGAAAUGCAAUUUUACCUCUUUCUAAUUUGGGUCCUUAACAGCCAUGUUUUUUUAAAUUUUUUUUUUUUUUAAUUUUUUAUUAACAGUUAUAG